AAUUUCGUCUUAAUUAACUAUUUCCGAACCUUGGAAACAAGUCUCGCCAAGUCGGUAGGCCGCUGACCAUGAUAUGGCCGAGGACCGCGGUUCGGAUUCCGUGUAAGCAAAGUAGGCACCGUCUAGAUUACCCCAGCAGUCCCAGCAGCAAAAUGGAGACGUUAACUUAACUAAAAUACUUUUCGAGGCCGUAUAGUCCCGGCAGUUUGGGCCGUAAAACCAAUUAUGAAAAGAAAACACUUUUAACAUAACCUUACAAUUUUAAAAAAAUUGCUGCCUUCUGUGCUUGUGUCUGUGCUGCCUUGGUAUCUCGGUAACUGAAAAAAAUUAAAACCAGUUGUUUUAAUGGCUUUGUUCACAAAAUCUUUAAGCCCUCAACUAUUUUUAAGAGUCGGAAAACAUAGCACCAAUUAUUUUUUAAUGUUUAAUAAGAGUUUUUCUAACAUAGGAAUUCAUGGCAAAUUAAAAAGAACCAGUAUAAUGUCUUAUGUCCGAAAUGUUUAUACCAGUAAUAAUUUGUAUAAAAGAAGAAAAACUGUCGAAGAAAGAAAACAGCCAAGAAUAAUUCAGUAUUCUCCAAAAUCUAAACUAGAAAUUGUAGAUGUAUGGAGAGGAAUUACUUUAAAUGAAUUAGCCAGAGUACUGGAACGUGACAUAGAAUAUGUGAAAGAUUUAUUUUUAAAUCAGAUACAAAACCCUAAUACAAUUAUAGAUGAUGUUAGAGUACUUCAAGAAGGGAUACGAAGGGGAGGGAAGAGAAUUAGGAUAGUCGCUAAGCCCAAUAAUAAGAUAGAAGAAAAUAUAGAAAUUGAUUUAAAGCCUAGACCUCCACCUAAUAAAGAGGAUCUCCAACCUCGUCCCCCUGUAGUUACUGUGAUGGGACAUGUAGAUCAUGGAAAAACAACACUUUUAGAUGCUCUAAGGCAUUCUAGUGUUGUUGAAACAGAGUUUGGAGGAAUUACCCAACAUAUAGGAGCAUUUUUAGUCAAGUUAGAUUCAGGUGCAACAAUUACUUUUUUGGAUACACCAGGCCAUGCUGCUUUUACAUCUAUGAGAGCAAGAGGUGCGAAUGUUACAGAUAUUGUAGUACUAGUAGUAGCAGCUGAUGAUGGAGUUAUGGAGCAAACAGUGGAAUCUAUACGGAUGGCAAAAAAUGCUAAGGUGCCAAUUCUUGUAGCUAUUAAUAAAAUUGAUUCCCCAAAAUCUAACAUAGAAAGAACAGAACAAAUGCUUUUAGAAGUGGGUAUCCAACUUGAGAAAUUGGGUGGAGAUACCCAAGGCAUUCCUAUUUCAGCACUGAAAAAGAAAAAUCUGAACAACCUCAUUGAAGCUUUGGUUUUGCAAGCAGAACUACUUCAAGUUGGUGGUGACCCUACAGGUCCUGUUGAGGCUGUAGUAAUUGAAAGCAAUGUUCAUCCUUAUAGAGGAAAAUUAAGUACAAUUGUGGUCCAGAGAGGCACCUUAAAGAAGGGUGAUAUUUUGGUAGCCGGAACUGCAGUGGCUAAAGUAAGGACAAUUAAAGAUGCUGAUGGAAAUAACUUACAAAAUGUACCACCAGGAUAUCCUGCUGAAAUUGAUGGUUGGAGAGAUUUACCUUCUGCAGGUGACAUAAUACUAGAAGCUGAAAAUGAAAAGCAUGCUAAAGAUGUUGUUAAAUUUAGACAAUCAAUACUUGAAAAGAAAAGAGUAGAAGAAGAUUUAAAAGUUAUAGAAGAAAAAAGAGAUACCUAUGAAAAAGAAUACAAAGAAAAAUUAAUGUUAAAACGGCUGUCAGGGAGAUAUAAGGUAAAAAGGGAAGGACCAAGACAGCCUGAGUAUGUAGAAAAUAAUGAACAUCCAUCCUUAAAUGUUAUUGUUAGAGCUGAUGUAGACGGUACUCUAGAAGCCAUUUUGGAGAUCCUAGAUACUUAUGAUUCCCCUGAAUGCAAACUGGAUAUAGUAAAUUAUGCUGUGGGGGCAGUAACCCCAACUGACAUUGAACUGGCUAAAACGUUUAAAUGUGUAAUUUAUGCGUUUAACGUUAGCAUUCCCCAAAAUUUAAAACCGCUGGUAGAAGAAAAUAAUAUACCUGUUAAACAUCAUAAUGUAAUUUAUAAGUUAAUAGAGGAUUUUAAGGACGAUAUAAAUAGCAGGUUGCCUAAAAAGGAAGUAGAGAUGGUACAUGGAAGUGCAGAAGUACUACAACAGUUUGAAAUAAAUCAAGGUAGAAAAAAAGUACCUGUAGCUGGAUGCAAAUGUACAAAAGGGUUUUUGAAAAGAGACGCACUGUAUAGAUUAAUAAGAAAAGGAACUAUUAUUUUCGAAGGUGGUUUAUCUUCCAUGAGACAUUUGAAAAGUGAAGUUGAUGUAAUUAAAGCUGACACAGAGUGUGGACUGCAACUUUCUGAUCCAGAUAUUAAAUUUGAAAAAGAUGAUGUUUUAGAAUGUUUUGAGAAAAAAUUGAUGCCUCAAAAGACCGAUUGGGAUCCUGGAUUCUAAUGUCUUUUUUAACUAGAUUUUUUAUUGUAUAUUUUUUACAGUCUUAUGAUAUAUUAUGAGUUUAUACCACACAAUUGAAAAAAAAAUGGCUUUACAGAUGUUAGGAACAAUUUUGAUUAUAAAUUACAACUUUUCAUGUGAUGCCUCAAUGACAAAUUAAACGAGCUAAUGCAGUCUGAUCACUCGCGAGGUUUAAAAACUUGAUUUUCAUGCAUCCGUUAUCCGUUGAUACGGUGCGCGGUGGUCCGACGCGACGGCGCUCUGAUUGGUAAUAGCUGUAGAUUAACGGCCGUAUUCAUAGUCGAGCGCCAGUCGCCCGCCGAAAAGAAGCGCUCGCCGAAGAUUUCUCCGGCGAGCGCUUCGAUAUCGGGAGAGAAAAAAAGCUCUUUCAUAGCCGGCCGCCAGCGCACCGCUGGCUGGCGAAAAUGACGGCGCGUCGCCAACAAAAUUUCACUUCGGGUGAAGAGUUUUAACAAGUUUUAACAACAGGGAACAUGUUUUCUUCCUUUUUCUACACAAAAUCGGUUAUACGAACUUUAACAUUCUCUAAAUAUUUAAAUAUUUUAUUGAUAUUGGGUAAUUUAAAUAUUUUAUUGAUGUGUCCAUUAUUUUGUUAUAAUUCGUUUUAAAGUAAUGAAUAAUAUCUUCGUAAUCCUUCACUUAUAGUAAAAAGAUUUACAAUUUUUUACAUACAUAUUUUUUUGGCUAGGUAUAUUUUUGGGUCAUAAUAAAAAGGAUAUUAAGAUAAUUUACAUAAUGGGGAAUUCCAUAGGUCUCUUCGGUUAUUUGAAAGUUUUAUGGAUUCGUUUUUAUUACGUUUAUAAAUUUGUAUAGACCUUAAGCUUAACCUAUUGGUGCUGUGUUAAGGAUUUUAAAAUUAUUUUAAGGGAAAAUAUGACCAGAGUAGAAGUAAUUUAUAUUUUUAAAUUGGCUCUAUUUUUGUUUUGUGUAGAUGACUGAUGUUUUGUGGAUUUGGUAUAUUUUUUCCAGUUUGUGUAAAUUACAAAGAGAAUUAAUGUAAUAAACGUAAAAAUAAUAGAAAAAAUAAAAAAAUUAUAAACAUAACAAAAACAAAACGAUAAAACAUUUAAAUGGUCAAAUAGACGGACGGAAUUCAUAUGUCUCAAAUGUAAUGAAUAAUGGCCUCACACAAAAAUACGAAUGUCAUCGUUCUCGUUAAUCGUCACAAUAUUAUAAAUAUCCAUACUUAAUUCAGUUUGCUUGGUGCUUCUUUCAACUAGAGAAAUAAACCAGACUAAAUUGGCGGGCCGCCCGGAGAUGGUAAGGACAUGCUCCAGUCGCCGGCCGAAAAUCACCGGAUGGUGUUUAAACUGCGCACGUGUCCUUCGCCUGGAGAUCGACUAUGAAACGGAAAAAAAAUGCUUAUCCAACCGCCCGCCGGCGAGAGAGCGGUUACUCUAUAUGACGGAUGUGCGCACGCGUUACUCGGAGAGCGCUCGACUCUGAAAUAAGAACGAAGAAUUUCGGGACAACUCCCGCCAGUGGGCGGCUGGCGAUCGACUAUGAAUACGGCCGUAAGAGGUCAUGCGUUUUCGCGCCACUUUUCAUCCGUAAAUUUCAUAGAGGUAAAUUUUUUACUACAGCCCGUCAACGGAGAAAGAUCGAACGAUAACGGACGUUUUGACACUUUUUUGACAAAUUUAAUUUAAUCCUAAUAAAAAUAUAAUAGUACAAGAGCUAGCAACGUCGCGAAAACGAGAAUUUUAAGAAAGCUGGACUUUAAUAAAUCUUUUGCUACGCGGCCGUGCUCUCCUGACCAAAGUUUGGACCGUUUGGCUACCUGUAGACUACUGCCACAUCACAUCUGUACAGGGUAUUCCAUUUUCGUGUGUUUAUGGGAUUUCUCGUUUAUGAAUAGAGAUACAAUGAUGCGGUUUUCACAUUCCUUUGCUACUUUAUUCUGAAACUAAAUAUGCUAUACAUAUGUUUGUACUAGGCUUCUUAGUUCCUGAAAUACAGUGAUACGGCGAAUUUGUGACGAGCAGUAGUAAGCAGAUGUUGAAUACAGAUGUGAUGCGCAAAAGUAAACGCAACGUCUACCGACAGUCAGACAUAUAUUAAAGAACCUGAUUUCUUAAAAUUCUCUCUCGAAAACACAGAACACACAGAAAAAGUAAAACAGUUUUAGUUAAAAAUGUUUUCGACUAAAACUGUUUUCAUUUGAUGACCCAAUUGCAAAUUAAAUGGGCUAACGCACAUUGGCCACUCGCGAGGUUCAAGGCAAGUUUCGGCACAUUUAGUCAUCACAGUCGAGCUAAGUCAGGCUGAUCGACGUCGAUCGAUAGAUUGUCGUUUUAUAUUAAAUCAUAUUUAGUCGCGGUCGCGACCCGCGUUCUGUAUCUGCUGCCGUGCAUAUCUAAUUAUAAACAAUACAUUUUGCUACUCUUAGAAACAUAAUGUUUUUAUAAAAGACGAAAACUUCUUAAAAACAGAUUCGCUCUUUCUGUGUGCGUCUAGCCUUAGCAACUUUAAUGAAUUUAAGCCAAAGCACUAAUUAUUUGU